AUGUCUGCAUGGCAUCUGUUUGACAACAGGGAGGCGUGGCAGUCGGCUAGACUGCAGUCUGUUUACAAUGAGGUCCAAGCAAAACAAAGGCCACGUGGCUGUGAGCCGGCUUGCAGUGCUUGCCGCUCACCACACGAGGGCGAUGUUCUAGGGGGCGGUUCAACCGCUCCGUACGUCGCGACGCAACGUUAUGACGUAACUAUUGGCUCCACCCCUCGGGGUGGCCUGCCUAUUCAACACUGGCCGAGUAGUCUCUCCAAUGGACACCAAAGGGUUAACACCUCACUGCGGCUGCGCGCGCAGUGGCAAUGGGAAGAUUCAACGCUGCGUCUCUAA